GGGAGGGUGAAAAAAAGUUCCCCUGUUUCUGCAGGCAGGCUCGUCAUACGGCCACGGUGCGUGUGAGCUUCCUCUCUCCCUUCCUCCCUCUCACCACCAACUCUUCCUCACGACUCAACUCUCCCACCCGCCCUCGCCCAGGAACACCCCCGCCGCCGUUGCGCCCGAUGCCCUCGCUUCAUUGUUAUUAUUCUGACCGCCGCCUGAGUGUUGCCAGACGAUCGCAGUCGUGAGGUGCGCGUUAUUACCCGCUAUCGAUAUCGCACCGUUCCGUUCCCGCAGGCCCCCCAAUUUGCCAAAGUCGGCCUUGGGCCUGUGGCCUCAGGCCUCGCUGACCACCAUUCCUCCAACCCACACACCACGUACUCCACAGCCCACUUCCGACAACCCAGAACCCACAUACCCUUCCUCUCGACGUAGCCGUCGCACGCCUGGCCGUCACCCCUCUCCUCCCACCAUGGCCGGCCCUCGCAGCCUCCAGGCGACGGUCGAGGACUGCCACUCGACCGACGAGAGCGACCAUGACAGCGGCAUCAACGAAUCCUUCCGUCGCUCCCCCGCCGCCGCUGCCUCAGGCCAUGCCUCAGGCCAGACCAACAUCGGAGCCAAUGUCGCUGCCAGAAGAUCUCAACCGUCCGACCUCAACUGCGACAAGGCACCCGCCGCUGAAAAGGUCACCAACAUUGACCUCCAGAGCGACUCUGGGUAUUCCAGCCAUACCGCCGCGACCAUGAGCAGCGCUGAUUCGGGACCAAGUGCAAAGUCGCAAAGCCCUCCGGCUGCCCCUGCGAACGCUGCCCCUCUGCCCUCGGACAGCCCUGCCGGGAGCAAGAGGCGUCCUACCUUGUCGAGGGAUGAGCGUCAUAGCAGCGAGAGCGGUGUCAGGAGGCCUCUAGCGCGGUCCGGCUCUGUUUCGUCUCGAAACCGUCCACGAAGGGAGCGCCAGACGUCGGAAAGCCAGGAGUGCGAGGAUCCCAACUGUGAUCGGUGCCCUGGCCCUCGCCGUGGCAGACCAAAACCGUCUCCACUUGAGUCCGGUCUCGACAUCUCAUACCCUCCCUUCGACGAUCAGCGGUCACAACGGUCCGAUCCUGCACCGUCUACCACCUCCUACGCUCCCCAAUCGCCUACAUAUACACGUCACCCAGGCUCAUACGCGCAGGGCUCGGCAAUCGUCCAACCGGCCCAGACCUCACGACCACGACGCGCUUCGUCCGCUACUCGAGGCCGUCCAGUAAGCUUUGCUGGAGAUCCAUCCCAACUAUUCUGGGUCCCUGGAAUGCCAGUUCCUGGACAAUAUCCCCCUCAGGCUCAUGAGCCACAUGGACCUCCGCCCGCGCUAUCCGCCUACCACAAUCUCCCCCAGCCUCAAAUGAGCGGAUAUGCUAUGUUGGGAGCCAGUCCUUCUGGUGGCGGCUUCUAUGCCCCGCCCCAUAUGCAGAUGCACCACCCUCAGUACGACAUGCAGCGACCGCCAAUGCAUUCUCGAACCUCAUCCAACUUCAACGCUCGCCGACCAGCGCUACAGGUAUAUGGGCAGCCUUUGCUGACGCAGGAUACCGGCGACAUGCCCUCCGCUCGUUAUCCUUCCAACGUCCCCAGUAGCGCAACCCAGAAACGUUUUUCUCGGUCGCGGUUCGACGAUUACGAUGACGACGACGACGAAAGCUCUUCUGAAGCGGGAUAUUCAGACGAGGAGGAAGAAAACAGCCGUGCCCUUAUGCCGCCACCCAAGGCCAAGCCUUCUGCUCAGCGUCAACCCAGCCAUCGACAAAGCUCGUCCAAGUCCGAACGGCGAAAAUCUUCAAUGUCUCAGUCGUUGACGCUCGAACCUGAGCGGGAUCAUGAGCGGCACUCUCGCAAGUCGCGAGUGAGCGCUAGUGCGGCUCCAUCGCGGUCCGCUUCCAAAGCGCCCUCUCGUCCGCCCUUGCUGCAUCAGCCCAAGGCGCAAUCAGCGUUUGAAACUGCACGAAAUGCUCAGAUUAUGGUCGAGGAUUCGAGGGCGCAAAGGCGCCGGUCAUAUCAGGGUCAGGUGUACGAAAAGCGAUAUCGCGGCGAAACGCGGUAUCGAGUCGAGUCAGAUCGGCGUGGCUCCAGAGUAGAUUUCGACGAAGACGCAGCUGCAGACAUCAUCAUACCCACCCAGCGCCGCCGGCGGACAGAUGCCAGCAUACGCAACGAAGUUUCCAGCAGCAGCAAGCUACGCGAGGUCGCCAACGACGUCGAGGCAUAUCAGCAGCGCACCCGUGGAAGCGACGCCCCGUUGAACGAUCAAGUCCACCGAGCUGCCAAACGCGGGUCCAGGAUCAUCUCUGGCGCUUCGGAAGCAGGGUCCUCACGCAGUAAAGGCAGCGAUAAGGCAAGCCGCGUCAGUCAAUCCGCUCGAACCACUGUCACGAAUGGUGGCGGCGAGCUACGCCUUCGCGUCGACGGGUCUGCUCGCCUCCAGUUCAACGGAGAUAUGGAAGGUCGCACCCUGCAGAUCAUGCCUGGCGAGGACGGUAUGGCUGAGAUUGUCAUUGCUGAUAGUCGCGGAAAUGAAAGCGCGUAUCGCAGCGAAAGGGGCAGCGUUUAUGACAGAAAAACUGUUGUGAGCAGGGCAGAAAGGCCUGAGCGGCUUGAGAGGAUUGAGAGGUCGCGGCGUGAAGCCGAAGAGAUUUCCACGCGGAGUUCUCGCAGCAGCCAAAGCAGGCGCGACCGCGACCGCGAUGUUGAGGCUCGCCCUCUACGGCGCAAAGGCGAGAAGUUGUACCGCCAAUAGACGGACGAUACUGGGGCACUUUUCCUUUUCAGUUUCCUUUCAUUUCUUUGCUUCUACUUUCUCAUACCCUUUCUCCCUUUGCUUACACUCUACGCCUUGGUUCAUCGGGGGGUUCGAUGCGGCACCGCAAAAAGUCUUUCUACCAAAAAGUCUCAUUGUGGCAUCACUCCACAAACGCCGCCGAUGAAAGGGGCUCCUCCAUUGCAACAUCUCACCUGCUCGUUUCCCAUUUGGCUAGACAGGGACGCUCACGCACACAAAACCUGACCUCGGAUUUGCGGGCGUGGAGGCGGCCCGGGUUAUUUCAAGGAUUGCUUGAAUUGUACGAUUUGCGCUCGGACAUGUUUUGGCCAUCUUGUUUCAACCCUUCUCAUAACUGUUCUCUUUUUUUCGUUUUUUCCGUUUCUUUUCGUCCGAAGCGAGCGUUGUUCGUC